UAAAAAUAUAUUUAUUAUAAUUCGGUUAAAUUAUUUCAAUAAAACUAGAAGAAUUUGAGUUUUAUCUGUAAACAAGAACGUCUUUAUGUGAAUCAGAAAAUACUGCAGUAAAUUACAUUUAUAAUAUGUAUGUAAUACGCUUCAAUGUGAAAUUGUGGAUCAUAUAAAGCAUUAAAAGCGGUAAGUUAUAUUGGUCUGUCUGAAUAAUGUUUAUAAUAUUAAGAAUAUCGUGGUCUUGUUCAUGUCCCUGAUCGUUUCCCUUGUUUUCAUCACCUGCCAGACAUGUUUGGUUUUGUUUUGUUUUUCUUAUUCAGCUCUUCUUUUAUUCCGUGUACAACCGUGAAGGAAGUUUGUCAGGCUUCUCCCCCCACCUCGACUUCUGUCACCUCCCGCCCUCCUUUUUCCUUUCAUUUGAACCCCCCUCUCUCUCCCUCCCUCCCAUUGACACCCGUCUCCUUUCACUGCGAGACUCAUCCAUAAAAACUCCUGCAGCGUCUCCAACCAAACUCACUCCUCUGCUGCACCUCCAUCCAUCCAAGCAUCCAUCCAUUAACCACCAACAGCUGAAGGUUCAGACCAGACCCUGAGCAUCUCCAGCACCAGCCCGAUUUGCACCAUGCUGUGGAAAUCCAGAACCAAGACCGAUGUUCUGCAGGUAAAACAAAAGGAAGAAAAAAGGCAGCGCACUUAAAAAUGUCUUAAGUUAUUUUUAUCAUCAGGGAUUCAAAAUUUUAAAAAAAAUUAGGAAAAAAUAAAAUAUGAACUUGAUUAUAUUUGAAUGUUUUAAUGCUUCAAAAUGGCUUUAGUUUGUAGAAAAUUUAAAAAAUCCAAACGCAAAAUCUGUAGAUUUCCGUGCGUAAAACCGACUUUAAUUAUAUUUUUUACAACUUGAAAAUACAAAAUAUAAAAAUAUACUUCCUAGGAAAAGGAAAUUGUAAAGGAAUGAUGUAAAACUUUAGGUUUUUUUUAGCAUAACUGGUGCGUAAAAGCUGCGUAAAAUCUUUAAAAAUGAAUCUCAGUAUCUCUUUAAGAGAUGAAGUCCCGUCGACCCCUCCCCUCGUUUUGUCGGCUGCGCGCAAAAACCUAUAAGUAGUGCGCUGAUGGUGAGCCGACAGGACUCAGUGUGUGUGUGAGUGAGUGUGUGUGUGCGCGUAUUUGGCAUCAGCAGCUGCAGCAGCAACAGUGGAGUCUUCUACAGUCACCGGUGCUCAGAGAAGUCAACAUCCGGGGCGAGGAACGUUUCUGACCGGGGUUUCAUGUCCGAGGGAACCCUUAAAGUCUCUGGAUAUUUUUGUUUUCAAUAAUUCCACAUCUCCACUGACCGGAAAUCUGCGCAGCAUCCUGUUGACUUUUGAAUCUGGGAUUCAUCCAGGGUGGUCCAGAUGUUAAUCCACACCUACUCGGCUAUGGACCGCACAGACGGACUCAGCGGCUCCUCUCCCAGCGGCCGCCUCUCUCAGCUCUCCUCCCUGAACCAGGCCGCCUACUCCUCGGCCCCGCCGCUCUGCCACACCCCGGCCUCAGACUUCCAGCCUCCGUACUUCCCUCCUCCGUAUCCUCAGUCAUCCUUGUCCUAUUCCCAGAGCCAGGAAUCCGCCUACUCCCACCUGUCGGACCCCUACCCAUCCAUCAACUCCAUCCACCAGCACCAGCAGGCGGCGUGGCACUCGCAGAGGACGCGCUCGGAGGAGAGCGGCCUGCUGUCACAGUCUCACCGGGCUCUGAGCCUCGAUCCCCGGCGGGAGUACCCAGCUGUACCCCGGUUGCUGCACGGGCUCGGGGAGGGAGCAGCGGCUCUGGGGGACGGUCCUCUGGGGAUGCACCUGGGACACCACGGCCUGGAGGACCUCCAGGGGAUGGAGGAAGGAUCGGCCUUGGGCAUCCUGGACCACUCUGUCAUUAAAAAAGUUCCUAUCCCGUCAAAGCUGAACGGCUCGUCCCUCUCCGUCCUGUCCCUCAGUAAAGACGGUCUGGGCAUGGGCUCGGUGUCCAACCCCGCCGAGGUCUUCUGUUCUGUCCCCGGUCGUCUCUCUCUGCUCAGCUCCACCUCCAAGUACAAGGUGACGGUCGGGGAGGUGCAGCGACGGCUGUCUCCACCUGAGUGCCUCAACGCUUCCCUGCUGGGCGGAGUUCUGCGCAGGGCUAAGUCAAAGAAUGGUGGCCGCUGUCUGAGAGAGCGUCUGGAGAAGAUUGGCCUCAACCUGCCCGCAGGCCGACGCAAGGCAGCCAACGUCACUCUGCUCACAUCUCUGGUGGAGGGUGAGGCCGUCCAUCUGGCGCGGGACUUUGGUUACGUUUGUGAGACGGAGUUUCCGGCCAGAGCCACGGCCGAGUAUCUGUGCAGGCAGAGUGAACCCGAGCAGCUGCCCACGCGACGCAGCAUGUUGAUCGCCACCAAGGAGAUCUGUAAGGAGUUUGUGGACCUCAUGUCCCAGGACCGCUCCCCUCUGGGCGGCAGUCGACCCACCCCGUGUCUGGAGCCCGGCGUGCAGGGAAGCCUCACCCACUUCAGCCUCCUCACCCACGGUUUCGGAGGCCCCGCCAUCUGCGCCGCGCUCUCGGCCUUCCAGAGCUACCUGAUGGAGGCCAUCAAAAUGCUGGACAAGGGGGAAGGUGGAGGCAAGGGCCACCACGACAAGGAGAUGAAGCAUCGCAAAUAGAAGAGGAGGAGGAAGAGGAGGAGGAAGAGGAGGACAGACGCAUCAAUGGGAGGCAAAGAAGGGGGGAGAUAAAAGAACAAACUGAACCUCCCUCUGAACCUUUACCUUCGCCUUCAGGAUGAUUAAAAAAAAACAAAAAAAACUUUUACCUCCCAGAAAAACCUUCUGUGGGUUCUAGGAUCAUGGAGGCGGGGCUUAAUGAUGAUGAUGAUGAUGAUGAUGAUGAUGAUGAUGAUGAUGAUGAUGAUGAUGAUGAUGAUGAUAUCUGUACUGUAAUAUUUGUGCACACUCCACAAACCACCUCACUCAGACACCGACCGACGCGUCUUCUCCGUAGCUACGUUGUGUCGACAGAAACCUGCUCCUCCAUGUGGCAGCGUGAUUUUUAUAUAUUUAUUUAUGUUUUGGGUUUUUUUUGUUUGGUUUUUUUAUUUCAUUCAACACACAUGGACCCAAACACAGACAAACCUUUAGUUCCAUUCAUAAUUAUUCAUUAAAGGAAAGCAAUGGAAGCCAUAUCAGAGAGAGAGAGAGAGAGGGAGAGAGACCACUGAAGUAGACAGGAAGUAGACAGGAAGUAGACAGGAAACAGGUCCCGACUGUAGAGAGCAGGAGAAAUGACUUGACCUCUGAUUAAAAGUCAAAGUUGAAGAUGAAGCGUGGGAGUGGAGCAGGUUUUUGGACAGAGCGUGGAGUGAGUUUUAUUUUGAAGGGCCGAGCGUCGCUUCACGUCCACGAUCAUUGAUGGUGACGUCAUCGGUCACUUCACCUCCAAACUGCUCCGUCUCCGUCGAUGUUCCUCUCAUCUGGUCACCGUGAACAUUUCGUUGUGUAGUUAAUGGCAGUGGGUGGUCAUGGGAAAUGGAGUUCUCUGGAUCCUCUGGCAGUUAACGGCAGCUAAUGGAGAUUUAUUGGACUUAUUUUA